AUGUCGAUGUCAAAAUCUUCGUACUCGCAAUACAACCGGAAAAACUGGGAGGAUUCUGAUUUUCCGAUUCUCUGUGAGACAUGCCUUGGUAACAAUCCAUACAUGAGAAUGAUGAAAGACAAGCACGGAAGAGAGUGCAAAAUCUGCGAACGCCCAUUCACCACAUUCAGAUGGCAACCAGGAAAGGGAGCCAGAUACAAGAAUACAGAGCUGUGUCAGACUUGUGCUAAAGUGAAGAACGUCUGCCAGACAUGCAUGUUCGAUUUGGAAUACGGACUGCCUGUUCAAGUUCGUGAUCACGAAUUGCAAAUCGCCGACAAUAUUCCGAAGCAGGGAGCGAAUCGUGAUUUUUUCUUGCAGAAUGUUGAGAGAAAUUCCAGAACUCUCGGCCAAGGUGAUGGAACUCAACCUAUCGCCCAAAUCGCCAACAACAUGGAUCAAGCUGCUCAUGAUCGUCUCCGUAGAAUGGCUCGUUCUCAGCCCUACUACAAGCGCAAUGCUCCACACAUUUGCUCAUUCUUCGUUAAAGGAGAAUGCAAAAGAGGAGAAGAAUGUCCAUAUCGCCACGAGAAGCCAACCGAUCCGGAUGAUCCGUUGUCUCGUCAGAACAUCCGUGAUCGUUACUACGGAACCAACGACCCGGUUGCCGAGAAAAUUCUGAAUCGUGCCGCUGCUGCACCGACUCUUUCGCCACCAGCAGACACCACAAUCACCACAUUGUAUAUUGGAAAUCUGGGACCAAACGGACCACAACAAGUCACUGAGAAGGAUCUCAACGACUUCUUCUAUCAGUACGGAGAUAUUCGCUGUCUUCGUGUUCUCACUGAAAAGGGAUGUGCUUUCAUCGAGUUCACAACUCGCGAGGCGGCCGAGAGAGCAGCUGAAAGAUCAUUCAACAAAACGUUUAUCAAGGGAAGACGAUUAACAAUCAGAUGGGGAGAACCACAGGCGAAGAGAGCUGCCGACAAUUCGAACUACGUUACUCCAGUACCAUCCGUACCGAUUUUGCCAAUUCCUGACGGUCUCGCUCCUUCGACGUCAUCCCAACAGAGAUUCACUGGAUCCAUUCCACGUCCACCGGUUCCACCAACAUUCUCGGCUCCAACUCGUCUCGUCGUCCCGAAUGUUCGCCCGAUGAAAGCUGGAGAGCCCAGCUCAUCCUCCUCAUCGAUCUACUAUCCAAGUCAAGAUCCAACUCGUCUUGGAGCCAAAGGUGACGUCAUCGAAUGA